UAACUACAUCAUUUCCUUCCUACCUUCCUGUAAAGCAUGUUGGGAGAUGUAGUCUUUUCUUUCUUCCCCGUCAGCCUGUGCGGAGGAGUUAUGGCCGCUGUACUGGAGGAGAAUGGCUGCAGCCCUCCGGCCGGGGACUCGGACGUGGAGGCGGGUGACGGCGCCCGGCAGAAGCUGGAGUCUCUGCUGAACCGGAACAUGCGCAUUGAGAUGACGGACGGCCGCUCGCUCAUCGGCUGCUUCCUGUGCACCGACCGAGACUGCAACGUCAUCCUGGGCUCCGCGCAGGAGUUCCUCCGACCCUCAGACUCGUUCCCUGUGCGAGAGCCGCGCGUCCUGGGCCUGGCCAUGGUCCCCGGUCACCACAUCGUGUCCAUACAGGUGGAGCUGGAGAGCGUCACUUCCCCCCAGUACCUGUGACUCAAGAUGGCGGCACCGGGAGGCUCCACCUCUCCCCCACGCCUGUGUAUAGCUCUGUGUACAUUCACUUUUCUAUAAUUAAAUUAUUUUUACCGCCA